CUGACGUCGCAGUCGGACACGUCGGCGGCGCGGCGGCCGGAGCCGGAUGUGCCAAGAUGGCUGCUGCGGCUGUCGUGUCUGAGCUCGUCGGUGCAGCCGGGCCGGCUUCCGCCGGCGGCUCCUGAGGGCUUGGCCGGGCGGUCGCGGACGGGCCGGGCGGGAGCCCUGGCAGCCCUGUGGCGCGCCGAUGAAGUGACGGGUCACAGAAAGGGAGUGUGCCCGGCGCCAUUCAGCUGGGCACCCAGCCUUGCUCUCCCAGUCAUACCUCCGCUGGAUUAAGGACAACCUAUAUCCUGCUUCUUUCUGUAAGCAGCAUCUAAUUGUGCAGAAGAUCAGUCAUGCAGCCGCCGCCGCAGGCAGCCCCGUCAGGCAUGGUUGGGCCUCCUCCAGCUGGGACUCCUCAGAGCAUGUUCUGGUCCAACAGACCGUACAGGAGACAGGCAAAUAAUAAUGCACCCGUAACUCCGAUCACCUGCCCGCUGCAGCCGGUGACGGAUCCGUUUGCUUUUAGUAGACAGGCGCUACAAAGUACAUCCUUGGGCAGUUCGUCCAAAAGCAGCCCACCCCUUCCGCAAGGCCCGGCCCCACCAGCGUUCCUUCAGCACCCUGGUCUGUCUGUGGCUCACACGAAUGCUGGGGAUACUCCCCAAGGACCGAUGUCGCAGCCCAGAGCAGAUGGCAGUCUGUUUUCCGGUGUGCUGACCCCUUCAGCACCAUCAGAUCCCGAGGGGAACAGGAGUACCACAGUGGUUCCCAGCUCGGAACCUGAAACUCAGACUCUGCCACAUCCUCAGUAUGUUCCAGGAGCAGGUGUGGACAGCUCUCAUGGGGGCCGUCCGCAUACGAACACGCUUGGGCCCGAUAGGCCCCUGAGUAGGCAGAACCCACACGACAGUGCCACGGCAUCAGCACCAUCCCCUUUCUUCCCUCAGCCUCGUCAGCAAAUGCCAGGGCAGUGGGGACCAGGGCAGGGAGGCGCACAACCCUCAGGUCAACAUUAUUGGCCCCGCCCGGAAGGACCUAUCCAGAAUGCGCUGCCCCACACCUCCGGCGUUUCUCACUUCCCUGCUCCGUCUGCCCUGCGUCAUGGUCCCAGCCACGAGCAGCUCAACCCACUGGUGUCUUUGCCAGGACCCUUAGCCAGUGAUGGAAGCAAUGAGGCAGCCUGCCUGCAAAGUGGAAACCGUUCAGCAAAUAACUUUGAUCCUGAAAAUGUGUUCAGGCAAAAUUCUAAAGCUGGGAAUACUCGGGCGAGCCAGGAGCUCAGGCCAAAUCCAGGAGUGAACAAAGAGCAGUUGCCGGACCUUGCUCUCAGUAAUCCCCUCACUCAGGGUAAUAGCCCAGAAAGCCAUUUGCACUGCCCCCCAGGGGCCGGGACCAGCCGAGCCGUGUCAGAAGUGGACUCCGGGGCUCUCUCCAUGUUUUUCCAAGGAGGGGAGACAGAAAAUGAGGAGAACCUCUCAUCCGAAAACACCGGCUCUGCUGGUCGGUCUGACUUUGGUGGCUUCUCCCCCAGCCCUGCACUUGGUCACCCUCCUGCACACGUGGGAGCAGGCAGCAUCUACCAGGCCUUUCCCAGAGGUUCCAACAGCGAGGCCACGCAGCAGGGAGGACACCCGCACCCUUACUUUUAUCAGACUGCAGGCGCCCCACCUGACUGCCCCCCCGCAGCAAGUGCUCCCGGGACCACGUGGGGCGGUGCACCCAGCGCAGGGGUGCACGCGACCAGCAGCUCGCAGUCUGAGAAUGUAGAAGACCUUGAAUUCAUUCAGAAUCAGGAAGUUCUGCCAAGUGAGCCUCAGAGUUUGGACCUUUCCUCCCCCAGCGAUCAGGUCAGAUAUGGGCCCUUGUCCGGGCCAGCCGUUCCCAGGCUCGGCGUUGUGGGCCACUCUGGGGGCGGGGGCCCAAAUCUCGAGGCCCCAGAUUCAGCGCCGCACCCCGUGCAGUCUGAUGGUGUGUCAUCCGGUUACAGCGGCAAGAGCCACAGGAAUCUCCCGAGUGUAGCCAGGCCCCAAGAUGUAGGCACUUUCAUUCAGCAAGAAGUUGGAAAACCUGAAGAUGAGUCUCCAGGGAGUUUUUUUAAGCAAGUUGAUUCUUCUCCUGUGGGAGGAGAGACCGACGAGACCACUGGGAACCAGAGUCACCACGGCAGCCUGUCCCAGCCCUCAACCCCAAGCCCCCCAAAACCCACUGGAAUAUUUCAGACAAGUGCAAAUAGUUCUUUUGAACCAGUGAAAUCCCACUUAGUUGGAGUCAAACCCAUCGAGGCCGAUCGCGCCAACAUGGUGGGUGAGGUGAGAGGGGCCGUUGCCCACCAGAAGCAGCGCAGACCCGCUGCUGCCCCGCCUGACACGUCCCCCGGCAACCUGGAGCAGCCCCCGGACAACAUGGAGACCCUGUUCACGCUCCAGGCCUGUUCUCCCCCCUUUUCUGUACCUGCGGAGCCGGGGCACGGGCUCGUGCACACCGGGGGACCACCCCUGGAAAUUCUGCCCCUGGCAGCCGAGAAAAGGCCUUUGGCCAGAGCCCAGGGGGUUGUGAAGUGUGAGAGCCCAGUGACGACGUUGUGGGCGCAGAACGAGUUGCCAGAUUUUGGAGGCAACGUCCUUCUAGCUCCAGCUGCUCCUGCGCUGCACAUGCCUGUGAAACCGCCGCCGUCGGAAGUGAUUCAGCCUCCAGAUGAGGGCGUGUCCGCUCCGCAGGCCCGGCAACCAGGCUCCGGCCUUCUGCAGAGUGGGGACAGCACUGGUGCUUCUGAGAACCUCGAGAACCCUCCCAAGAUGGGAGAAGAGGAGGCCCUCCCGUCCCAGGCAAGUUCUGGCUAUGCCAGUCUCUUAUCCUCGCCGCCCACUGAAUCUUUGCAGAACCCACCAGUCUUGAUUGCCCAGCCUGAUCGAAGCUAUAAUUUGGCUCAGCCCAUUAAUUUUUCUGUGUCCUUACCGAGUCCUAAUGAGAAGAAUCAGCCCUGGAGAGAUGCUUUGGUCGGGGAUAAACCCUUGGCAAGCAGCUGGGCUCUGGGGGGGGACUCUGGAGACAGCGCCCCUGUGUCUGGGAGAACAGCCGGCCCUCUCACCCGCUUGCCUUUGCCUAACAGUUUUGCGCACAGUGGUUUUCCACAAGUUCCUGGUACUUCAGAAAUAGCUUCUAAUCAACCUGCUACUUUGCUGGUUCAGCCACCACCUCAUCCAGUUCCAAAGAACUUGGUUUCAGAAAGCCAAAAUACUGACAAUGCAGAGAACGGUCUUCCCGAGUUGGUUAGUGGCCCUGCUGGAAGCACAGGCGUGACGUUGGUGCCGCCUGCGAAUGCUGCCACAGCACCUGCUGGCCAUAAGGCAGAUCACGCCAGUCAGCGGGAAGAAACUUCUGGAGCCCUAGACCUCACACCCAGUAGGACUUUGGAAAGUGCUCUAAGAAUGUGUAGCCCACCCCAUUCUGACAGCUCCGCGUGUCAGCACGCCGCCAGCAGUCAUUCGAGGCCACCUGGGCCAGGGCCGCGUAACUCAGACCAUUUCUACCAACAGGUGAUGAAAGACACUCAGGACCAGCGUGGCCUCGAGAGAGCCCAGCAGGAGCCAGCACCGCCUCCUCCACAAGGGCCCAAACCGACAUGUUCAGAACCUUCAGACCCGGGAAGUCCACCUGUGCAGGGACAGUCCCAAAACUCGGUCCCACCACCCCCAAGUCCAGCUCCGGCUGACACAGGUCAGCCGCUGCCACCCCGGCCACCUCGGUCUUCCAGUGCAUCAGUCGCGUCCGCCAGCUCGAGCCAGGCAGCCGUGCGGUCGGACCAGCCCUGGCUGCAGCCGCCGCCUCCAGACCUGGCAUCUUACUACUAUUACAGAGCGCUGUACGAUGGCUGCCAGUCCCAUUACCCCUCGUCGUACCCGCUGGAGCCUGGCGCGGCCCCCCUCUAUUACCAGGACUUCUACGGUCUGUAUGAGCCCAGGUACAGGUCCUACGACAGCACGGCGUCUGCCUAUGCUGAGAACUACCGCUACUCCGAGCCUGAGCGACCCAGCUCCCGAGCAAGUCACUGCUCAGACCGGCCGCCUGCCAGGCAAGGGUACCCCGAAGGUUACUACGAUUCCAAAAGCGGAUGGAGCAGCCAGAGUGACCACUAUGCGGACUACUACUCCGGCCAGUACGAGUAUGGAGACCCAGGUCGCUGGGACCGGUACCACUAUGGUUCCAGAUUCAGGGAUCCCCGCACCUGUGACCGGAGAUAUUGGUAUGACGCUGAAUACGAUGCGUACAGGAAAGAGAACUAUGCUUACGGCGACAGCAGGUCCGAGAGGUAUGAUGACCCCUGGAGGUACGACCCUCGCUUCACGGGCAGUUUUGACGACGACCCCGAGCCCCACAGGGAUCCUUACGGGGAAGAAGCGGACAGGCGCAGUGUGCACAGCGAGCGCUCGGCCCAGAGCCUGCGCAGUAGCUUUAGCUCCCACUCGCGUCAGAGUCAGAUUUACAGAAAUCACAGUGUGGCUGCCGCUCCCUAUGAGGUCCCACCUCCUCCCGGCUCCUUGCCUGGCGAUUAUGCGUAUGGCGCCUACGGCAGCAAUUUUGGCAGUGCCCAGGGCUUCCCGGAGUACGGCUAUGCUGCUGAAGCGGGCUGGCCCACCACGGAGCAAGCUCCGUCGAGACCAACUUCUCCGGAGAAGUUCUCAGUGCCUCACGUCUGUGCCAGGUUCGGGCCUGGGGGUCAGCUCAUCAAAGUGAUCCCGAAUCUGCCCUCGGAAGGACAGCCUGCAUUGGUUGAAAUUCACAGCAUGGAGACCUUGCUGCAGCACACGCCGGAGCAGGAGGAGCUGCGCUCGUUCCCGGGCCCGCUCGGCAAGGAUGAUACCCAUAAAGCGGAUGUUAUUAACUUCGCACAGAGCAAAGCGACAAACUGUUUGCAGAACCAGAAUUUAAUUGACAAAGAGUCUGCGAGUCUCCUUUGGAAUUUUAUUGUUCUCUUGUGCAGACAGAACGGGACCGUGGUGGGAACAGACCUCGCCGAGCUUUUGUUACGAGACCACAAAACCGUGUGGCUUCCUGGGAAGUCACCCAACGAGGCCAACCUGAUCGAUUUUACUAACGAGGCUGUGGAGCAGGUAGAGGAAGAGGAGUCCGGGGAGGCCCAGCUCUCGUUUCUCACCGACAACCAGGCUGCUGGCAGCAACACCCUCGAGAAGGAGACGGAGAGAUUCCGGGAGCUGCUGCUGUAUGGCCGCAAGAAGGAUGCUUUAGAGUCUGCGAUGAAAAAUGCCUUAUGGGGUCACGCUCUGCUGCUUGCAAGUAAGAUGGACAGCCGGACACAUGCCCGCGUCAUGACCAGGUUUGCCAACAGUCUUCCAAUCAAUGACCCUUUGCAGACAGUGUACCAGCUGAUGUCAGGGCGGAUGCCUGCUGCGUCCACGUGUUGUGGAGACGAGAAGUGGGGUGAUUGGAGGCCGCAUCUUGCUAUGGUUUUGUCCAAUCUGAGCAGCAACGUGGAUGUGGAGUCCAGGGCCAUGGCCACCAUGGGCGACACUCUGGCUUCCAAAGGUCUCUUAGAUGCCGCGCACUUCUGCUACCUCAUGGCCCAGGUCGGAUUGGGGGUUUACACAAAGAAAACAACAAAACUUGUUUUAAUUGGAUCGAACCACAGUUUGCCAUUUUUAAAGUUUGCAACCAAUGAAGCUAUCCAGAGGACAGAAGCCUACGAGUACGCCCAGUCUCUCGGGGCGCAGACCUGUUCCUUCCCCAAUUUCCAGGUGUUCAAGUUCAUCUACUCCUGCCGCCUGGCUGAAAUGGGGCUGGCCACGCAGGCCUUCCACUACUGUGAGGUGAUCGCCAAGAGCGUCCUGCUGCAGCCACACAAGCAUUCGCCCGUGCUCAUCAGCCAGCUGGCUCAGGUCGCAUCCCAGCUGCGGCUCUUCGACCCGCAGCUCCGAGAGAAGCCUGAGCAGGAGGCCUUCGUGGAGCCGGCCUGGUUGGUGCAGCUGCAGCGCGUGGACAGGCAGCUCAAGGAGGGCGCCGCGGUGUGGAGUCGGGACGGGACCUUUCCCCAGCGCUGUCCCAGCACCCCGAGCUCUGAGGCCGGCCCGUGUGAUGGGCUGGCUCUCGGCCCGCCGGGGGGCCUGGGCGCCGGCAAUCCGCUGCUGGCGCCGCCUGUGCCCAGCGCUGAGCACCUCGGCCAGGGGGUGCGGCUGCUGCCUUCAGCUCCGCCGACGCUCCCCGACAGCCAGCCGGCCCUCCCCGCCAGGGUGCCAUUGUUCCCGGUCCCCCCAGCCACGGGCCCCCUUGAGCUGGGGCCCGGCUGUGGACCCCCGGCGGCUGUCUUUGGCUUUCCAGAGCCCUCUGGGUCUGACCCUGCGGCUCUCUACACGGGGCCUGGCCUGCCCCCUUGCGCACCGUCUCUGCCGGAAAGUGAGCACGCACCCCAGGAGGCCAGGAGCCAGGACCCAGGGGCGAUGCUACCGGAGGCGCCGGGUAGGAGCUCACUUCUGGAGCUGAGAGAAGAGGGUUUCGGUGGAAACUUUGCUAACCUGGGCUCCUCCGGCGUGUCCCAGGACUCUGACGCGCCCCCGGCGGGGGAGGGUGCUAGCUCCAGUGCUCUGCAGCCGCCGACGUCCGCUCCAGAAGUGAAGAGACCCGCACCGGCAAACAGAAAAGACACUAGGGAGCCCAAGAAGAGCGGCGAAUCCUGGUUCUCCCGUUGGCUGCCGGGGAAAAGGAGGACAGAAGCUUACUUGCCGGACGACAAGAACAAAUCAAUCGUCUGGGAUGAGAAGAAGAACCGGUGGGUGGACGUAAGCGAGCCAGAGGAGGAGAGGAAGGCUCCGCCGCCCCCACCCAUCUCGCUCCCCAAGGCUCCGCUUGCUGCGCCCCCUGGUCCUGGAGGGCCCCCGAGGGCCUCUGUGAACAUGUUCUCUAGGAAAGCAGCUGGAGCCAGAGCACGCUACGUGGAUGUGUUGAACCCCGGGGGGCCCCAGCGCAGCGAGCCGGCUCUGGCUCCUGCGGAGUUUUUUGCCCCCCUGGCUCCACUCCCGAUUCCUGCACACGUGUUCGGACCGAAUUCAGAUGCAGAGGAAGUCCCACCUGCCGGGGGGGGCGGCAGGGAAGGGCAGGUGCCUGCCGGUGGUCCGGCCAGCGCAGAGCCGGCCUCGGAGCCCCAGGCGUUUAGCUCUGCCACUUCACUCGCUGGCCCCGAGCUCCCACCCACCGGCGAGGACGGCUCCCGCGGAGGAGAGCUUUCACGCUGUAGUUCACUGAGUUCAUUGUCACGUGAAGUAAGCCAGCAUUUUUAUCAGGCUCCCAGUGACCACCCCGGGGCAGCCGCGCCCUUCUACAGCCCCGCUCCGUUUGCACAGGCCUCGGCCCCCUCCGGAGGCUCCAGGAUGGGGAGGAUUGGCCAGAGGAAGUACCCAGCGUUGAGCUAGAAGAGUCCCCACCCUGGAGUAGCAUCUGGAACCCUGAAGCCAUCAUUCUGCUCCAGCAAGAACUCAGAUGGAUUGCCUGCACCGUCCCCGCGUCCCUGAAUGGGCACGCAGUGAUGCCACGUGAUUGAACCUGUUCUUCUGCCGCCGUCUCUGAAGGGUGGCCGGAGGCAGGUGCGCAGCCCCUGGAAGGCGCUGGCUGGAGCAGGGGCACUCUUGGCUCCUUCAUUCCCCAACGGUGAUUUAAGGGUAAAACUGUCCGUCCUGGAAGAGCGUUGUCCCGGGUGAGGCUGGAGGCAUCUUUGCUGCAAGAAGAUCUCGCUCUUGAGGAACCCAGGUGUCUCUGCAAACCUAACCGUGCUGCCCCCCAACCCCCACGGGGUCCUUUAAAAUGCCGAGUGAAGAGCGAGCCUUGGGCCCAGGAGAGGCCCCACCGCCUUCCUGGUGGCCGUGGAGGUCCUUUCUGCAUCAAAGUCCCCGAGGAGCUGUGGACUCGGUGGCAAGAAUUCGGUUAGCUUUCGAGAGAGGCCCGAGUCACUGAAGCACAUCUCUGCCGGGUGGCAAAGAUGUUUCCAGCUUCUUUUGUGCCCCGUGCGAGCCAGGGGCCCGGCUUUGCCCGUCCAUGGGGGGCGGCCCUGCAGCUGUGCCCCCCGCGGACUGGCCCCCAUCGGUCCACGUUACUGAAACUCACUGUGACAAGUUGGACGGGGCUUUCUCCAGUCUGUGACAAGCCUGACGAGACACCUCGAGGGGCCACGGUGCCCUCUGUGUCACCGUCGGUGCUGUGCUCUGUCCUGACUGGUCUUCGCGGUGCCGUCCAGUUGCCUUGCUUUCUCUCACCUGGUUGCCGUCCUCUCAGGGUGGUGACGUCUGGAAGAGCGGGCGGAACGGACUGUUGACGCGCGCUCUGAGUCCAAGGCUCUGUUCUUCCCGCACCAGCUCCGCAGGUGGCGUGCGGCCCGCCAGCCGCGGGGAACCACAGAGGGGACCCUCCCCACCGGACUCCGAGCUUUACGGCUUUAUCGACUGUUCAGAAAAUUCCUCUCUCGUUCUUGUUAGGUCUGAAGAGACUACAGAAAAGAUUUAAGUAUUUAUAAGAAUCAUUAGAAAAUAAUUUCUGUAGGUUCCCCCGGGGAGCAUAGUUUGCUUGGGGUCUUAAAUCUAAAUGCAGAAAUGGUCUAACUGUGGAAUCCGUGCAGGCUUCCUGUUUCCCCCGGGCCCUGGGUCAUCUCGGAAGGGCCACGGAAGUCGUCCCAUGGUGUCGCCCACACGCACGUCUGGGUGCGUUUGUUCACUUGGAGAGAGGCCAGGACUGGUUGACGGGGCAGCAGCCUCUUGUGUCCGUUGAUCCGCGCUCAGUGGGGGUCCUGGGAUCCCAGACCCUCCUGGCGCCAUGCCCCUGGCUUCCUCCGCUUGGCCUGCCCACUGUUGCCCGCACCGGCUGCCAGCGACUUUUGAUUCAAGAAGCUCCCUGCCAGGCCAGGCGGGAGCUGCUAUUUUUCCUAAAUGCAAAUUGUUACACUGCAAAUUGGUAAAUAAAGUAUUUUGCGCUCGCAAGCGCUGUCA